AAAAUUAUCCUUCAAAUUAUUCUCACUUUAUCCAUAUACUAUUAUUUUGUGGUUUUGCAAUUGCUAUUAGAUUUCCUCAAUACUACCCACCACACUGUCCUUUUAUGUAAAACUCCUACUCAGACAUAUAUGAGUCGACAAAAAUUGAUGUAUCUGGUCUAUAUUACAGAUAGAUGCUUCUCAUAAAAGUCUCUUCCCAGACAUGAUAACUGUUUCUCAUAAAAAACUUCUCUGCUCUACUCUGCACUAACAAUUUCCCGCCAGAUUUUGAAUUGUGAAUUGCUUGUUGAAUGGAGAGAGUAUAUUCUUAUCCUGAACAACGAGAGAGAAUUCUGUUAGGAUAUGACGACGACGACCCGAGCACAUCAGAGAGGAAAUCGGACGUUGAUUUUAACGACGUAUUUGGGGGUCCACCACGGCGCAGGUCAUCGGUAAAUGAAUCGGUGAGUGGAGAGGAAAGUGAAACAGGUUGGUGUAGUUGGCCAGUGGAGAAUGAAAGAGAGAAACCUGUGUUUGGUGAAGAUAGUGGAAUUAGGAGUAGGAGGCGUUAUCCUAAUAAAAAAGCUAAAGAUUUCUUUGAUGAUAUAUUUGGAGGAGAAGAAUCUCAGCCACAGAGUGGAAGUUCAACACCAAAGAAACGUGAUGGUGCUGCUUUCAGUCCUGCUCUUCAACCACUUGCAUCUUCUCUUCCUACAUCAUCAUCAUCCUUCAGCCUUCCAGCCAUAAUGGCAAAAGGGGCGGACCUUCGAACAUUUGGUUCCCCUCCAAGGAAUCCACUCGAAAUCGGUAUUGCUGCUUCAAAUGGAUUAGCCUUCUCAGAUUCUCAUCUAUCUAGAUUUUCAGCUCAACAUAAGGAGUUGCAAAACGAUUUAAAACCAUCUUCCCGGCAAAGUCUCUUAUCAAAGGAGUUUUCAAAAUCGAGCCUAUAUGAUGAAGUAGACAAAGGAAACAAUAUGAAACACGACGCAUCUAUCACUGAAGUUUCUGUUAAUAAUACCAGUAAUGAUAAGUUCCAUUUCUCAAUAUACAAAUGGGCAAGUAAAGGUGUGCCUUGGGCAAUGCCGCUUAGGACAGACAGAAUCUCAAGGACAAAGGAUAAGGUUAAACUUGAGAAAAGCUCGAGCGCUAAGGAAUGGAUCGUCACUGAGAUAACCACAGAAAAUGAUAGUUUUAAAGAAUCUAUGGUCACUGAGAUUACCAUUGCAAAUGAUAGUCCUAUAAUAUACAAUGGUUCUUCUUUGACGAGAAAUAAAGAACAAGAUGUGUUAACUGCUUCCACAACUACUCAAAACAAGAUAGAUUCACACCAGACUGUAGAACAUAAAGUUUCUGCCAAACCUCAAUCAGAUUCGUUGAGCAGCCGUCAAACACUUAUUAAGGAUGUUCUUGGUAGUCCUAUCUCAUAUGACACUAAAACAGAAUCAAGUACUCAUUCUACAAGUGAGUCGGUCAUCUAUGAAAAAAAUGAAGUUGCUAGUGAAACUCAGAAACAUGAGAUCAAAUCAUUACAUUCUCUAUUUAGUAAAAGUAAUGUAAAACAAGAUAAUGAUGAGAUUACUCGAAAGGGGAGAGAAGAAAACAUGGCGAAAAGCUCAAAGUUGUCUUCCAAUUUUGAUAUUCCUAUUAAUCCAAAGAAGCAAGAUGAAAAGCGAAAGACAGUUUCCACGAAAGGUGUAGAAUAUAGCAAAGCUACUUCCCGGGGUUCAUUAAGCCCAGGCAGAAGUAUGGGGAAAGGUCGAGUUAAAGGGAAGGUCAAAGACUUUGUUCAAAUAUUCAACCAAGAAGCUGUAACAAAACCUAAAGAUGACUCCAAAUCUCGACCUCAAGGUUAUACAUACAAGCAGAAAGGAGCUGUAAAGGCAAAUGAUGAUUUGUUUCAAUUCUCACAAGUGGAUGGAGUUCCUGAAAAGUCCAAGAAGAUCUAUACCGUAGAGACGCUUGAUAUGCCGGCCAAUGAUUUGCCACAGCAGGAUGAUAUCUCAGCAUCAGAUAUUCCAGACAUUUCAUUUGCUGAUAUCGGAGAUCAAGACGAGUCCUUCCAUGAGAAUUUCACGAUUGAAGUAUUAUCCCAAGAUGAAGAUGAGGUCUCACAAAACCAAGAAAUUCAAGAAAUCCAAGUCAUUGAUAAAAAGAUACAACAAUGGUCGAAAGGGAAGGAAGGAAACAUACGCUCGCUGCUGUCAACACUACAAUACGUACUUUGGCCAAACUGUGGCUGGAAGCCUGUGCCACUUGUUGAUGUAAUUGAAGGGAAUGCGGUGAAAAGAUCUUAUCAAAGAGCUUUACUCACUCUGCAUCCAGAUAAGUUGCAGCAAAAGGGUGCUACUUCAGAACAAAAGUACAUUGCAGAAAAAGUUUUUGAUAUUUUACAGGAGGCAUGGACUCAAUUCAAUAUGAUCGGUGCACUCUAAUGUCAAUACUCAAUACCAACAUGAGAAAAAGCUCUCGUUGAUACCUUAUCGGAAGCUGCUUUCUGCAAUAAGGGAAUAGAUGUUAUUCUUAUUAAAAUUGUAAGUGAUACUUCAUAUUUUGUAGCUAGUUUAAUUGUAAAAAUAUAUAAAUGAAUGACUCCACUCUGGUAUGCAUACAAAGUAUUCUUUUAUCUAUUGGCACAGUAAAUAACUAAAUAUAUCUACAUCCUCAGGAAAUGCAAGACAACAGAGUUCAAGCUGUGGUCUAUGUAUUAGCA